AUGCCAAGUAAACCAAAUAAAUUUGGUAUCAAGUUCUGGCUUGAUGCUGAUGUUGAUAGUAAAUAUGUGCUCAAUGUUUUUCCAUAUUUGGUUAAAGAUGAGGACGUCCUGAAAACCUAUACCUCUCUGAAUAACGUCGUUUUGCAUUUGAUAAAACCUUUCCAAAAUAAAGGAAGAAUUAUCACCACAGAUAAUUUUUUCACUACACUAAAUCUAUCCCAAAUGUUAAAAAUGAAGAACACUAGUUUAACUGGAACGAUGAAACGAAACUGGAAAGAAGUACCUGAAUUUGUGAAAAAAGUAAAGAUGCCAUUAUACGAUACAUUGCUACUGGAGCAUGAUGAUAUAACUUCUGACAGUUUAUCAGGGAAAAACCAGCAAAAAUGUCUUAUUAUUGAUCUCCCUUCAUCCCACAGUUGA